AUGGAGUCUGAGAGAAGGCAUCGUGCCUUGUACAAGGGGACCACUCCACCAUGGAAGGAGACCUACAGAAGGAGGUGUGUUGAAAGAUUGAAGAGCAACCGCUCUAAACUUCUGGACAAGUUCCGACAGGUGGGGGAGAGAGUGAAUGGAGGCAUUGGAGGCUCCUUCCUGGUGCAGGAGGUGAUGGAGGAAGAAUGGAGAGCCAUGCAGGCCAGUGGGGGAAGCUUCCCAUCUCUAUGGAGGAAAGACAACUUCUCACAGGCACUGGGCAUUUUACAGGAUCCGGAUGAAUUGGUAACAUUGGAAGAAAUCAGACAGGAACUUCUCUUAGAAGAGCAGGCAAUGGUUGCAGAAAUUGAAAGCAUUCUUCAGUUUGAGGAUGACUGUCUGGAUUCAGUUGUCGGGAUGAGUGCUGAAAAUCUAAUUGUGUGCCCUGUAUGUAAUAGGAAUUACCUAACCGUAACAAGUUGCUUUGUCCUAUGCCAGUGCGGUGUGUACAUCAAUUGUAAGUCUCAAGGCAUGAACAGUGAAAAGUUGCAAUCAUUACUUGAGCUAAAUCUGUCUGCACAUGCAAACAGCUGUUCUGAACAUCCAGUGUUUUCAGUUGUCAUAGAUGCUGAAGGAGUAUCCAGUUUAUUUAUGAGUUGCACUGUAAGUAAACCUUUUCUGCUGUGGGACGUCAGCGCUCUGGCAUGUGUCGAGGAGAGUUAA